UAACAUUUUGGAGAAUCUGAUUUUGUAUUAAUCAGGCUAUGUGAAUGACGUUGCAGGAAAUGUAUGGUCCAAUUCAAGAAAUGUUACAACAAGCAUGAAACAUUAUGUUGUUUGAUUUUCUAUAUUGAAGUUUCAAUAUGCGAGAGAUCCAUGGGCUAGACUAUCUAUCUCUUUUUAAUUGAUUUCGAUGUUUUAGGUGAUGUAUACAUUUCAUCCUACACUAUCUUCCUCUCUUUACUGUCUGCCAGUCGUUCCAUUUUGAUUAAUAGCCUAAUGAUAUGUGAGCCAAUGUCAGAGACAGCUGCCAUUGUGUUUCUGGAAUACUCUUGUUUUGUUUUUGUAUGUGCAUUACUCUACAGAUCCACAAGUGAUACGAUUAAUCGGUGCUCUUAAUUGUCUUUCUCCAUCCUUCAUCUGGGCUGAGCAGACCGAUAUAAAGACUUUCUGCCUGGAGGUCUCGGGUUACAUCAACUUGGCAAUUACAGAGCCUUAACGUUUCAUUUUAAGCCAUAGAACCUUGAAAUAAAUCAUUGUCUAAUCUCGACGCCACAUAUUCAUGCAUAAUUUCGAAUUGAUCAUCGUUCCCCCAGGAUAGGAGCUUUUUAUGGAAUAUGAUUUGAAACGAUUAUUAUAGUAUUUUCAUGACAGUAUAUAUGGCAGGAAUUUGUCUUGAGAUUCGAAGAAUAGGCACACAUAUAUAUUUGAUAACUGAAAGAUUAUAUAGCUAGGCUAUAGGCAGACAUCCUAUAAAUGUAUAAUGACAAUGUAAAUAGAAAAAGUGGGAAAUGUAUGGUAUCCAUUUGAUAGCUAAAUUCAACAAAUCCAUGUGCAUGGUCUGAACCGGUCACGGCUAAAUUACCUCGGCUAAAUUUCGUUAGAUUGGUCUUUGAUCAAAAGACUGGUCAAUGUUUAGAUUAUUUUGUGUUGUAGCCUAAUUACUUUCGUGUAGUUAAACAUUAGCUAUCCUGCCUGGGGUAUUAACUAUUGUCCCUAAUGAAUGAAUCGAGGGGAUUGAGUAUUUUCAAUUAAAAGGUUAACAUCAAAGAUCAAAGCACCGCCACAGUCCCAAUGGGUAUCGAUCCACUAACAACAAUCCUAUAGCGGCAUGUUUGAUCCUCACCUCCAAUAGGCUCAAUGUCUAACCUGUACAGCCAAGAGGCAGAUGGUUCUCCAAAGAAACUGACGCAAUGUGGGUCCAUGGCCUUUUGAGCACUAAUAUGCUGGAAUAUUCAUUUAUCUCUCAAACUGAAUAUGAGUGUUGGGUUGGUAUGUUUUGUCCUGAUGUGUGCAAAAUAGUUAACUUUUCGAUAUGGUUGUCUGCCAGGUUAGACAACCGCAUAAUCCUGAAAUGUUUAAUUAAUAUUAUCAUGGAAAUACAUUCUAUUGAUAGCCAGUCACAUUCAACACGAACUUUUUGGCUAAUUUCACAUUGACAUACAUUAUUCAUGCAGGGGUCUUGCAAUAGUAUGCAAAGUCAUAGUGACCAAAUCAAAAUCAUAACCCCAUUUUGACAAUUUAGUUUGGCAUAGUUAAAUUGGUGCGUUUUGAUUUCCUUUCUUUAUUUUAAGACACCAAUGCCAUUCCACAUGUUGGCUACUAUUCUCAAAUUGUUAUUUGUUUUCUGUUCUUAUCUCCAAACACUGGUCUCUUGAUUUUUAUAUGUAUAUUGUUGAUCAAAUAUGGCAUAUAACAUCCAAUGAGAUAGGCCUACUCAAAGUAUAGACUGGGCUAUGUUAGCUCUAUGGCUAUGCCAUAGAGAAAAGUUGGGGCCUCAGGUCAGUUCAUUAAUGCAGAUUGCUCUCGUGUGAAUCAAAUCGAUCAAAGGCCACUAGCCCCGUCCCACCAUAUCUGCAAUUACCAUAAUUUUCGUUGUGGAAAGGCUAUCCUAAACACACAUUUUAAAAUAGGCUGCUAUAACUGCAGACAGCCCCUUACAAAGCAUCAUGGAGUAAUGUAUCCACAUGUAUUUGUCUCAUAAUUUACGGACUGAGGUCAUGGUUUUCGGCGAAUAGUGUUUUCAAAUUUGUGAUGUGGCCAGAAUUCUUCUUCGCUGUCUAGUCAGCUGCGCAAAGGCUACCCAUGUUCUCGUUCGACCUCUUCCAUGCUGUGGGCGACUCCCAAUGAGCUAAUAGCAAGCCUAUCAUUGGAACUGGAUUAUAAUACUCCUCGAUGUUUUUGAAAGGAGAGACCUCUCGUUAUUGAUUCUGGAUGUGAAAUGAAUCAUAUCUAGUCAGUAUUCGUGGGGUCUACGUUAUACGCUAAGAACAGCAACCAAGAGGUCAUUGGAAGGAAACUGUCACGUGACUUCUGGGUGCCAAUGUUCCUUCAGAAGGUCAAAAGGGCCCCAAUAGCUGAUGAGACAUUUCUUGACAAUGCAAAGAAAUACCUACCAAGACGCCAUAGCAAUAUUUGGAGAGUCCCCAUACCAUGGUGCCAGUGGAUUUGGAUACAAUCAUGACGCACCAGCCCACCAACCCUUGGCCUACCAGGAGAGCCAGGUCAACUUGAAGGAGUUGGAUUGCUCAUCGCAGUCAAAUGGCAACAGCAAAUCACAGCACCCAAAAGAGAUUGACCCUAACUCAAAUUCUACCUUCACCAAAAGCAUAUUCCCGUGGAUGAAGAAGUCGACAAUUCAGAAAUGUAUAAAGAACAACGGAGACAAUCCCUUAGAAGUUAAUGAACUAUUUGGUGACGAGGAAAGCCCAACAACUGCAGUCUCCAAAAGGGCGCGCACCGCAUACACAAGCGCCCAGUUGGUUGAGCUCGAGAAGGAGUUCCACUUCAAUCGUUACCUUUGCCGCCCCAGGCGCGUGGAGAUGGCUAGCCAACUCAGUCUAAAGGAGAGGCAGAUCAAGAUUUGGUUUCAAAAUCGGAGAAUGAAGUGCAAGAAAGAUGGAAAGUUUAAAGGACUGUGCUCCUCUUUAGGUAGCCCUGGAACUCUUACCAAUCUAGGUUAUUUUAAUGCAAUGGGGGAGGAUUAUGACACUGUUUCCCCGCCAUAUUUAAAGCAUCAACAAAACGAUUAUGUCAGUGCAUCAGUCUACCCAAACUCAAUGAAAGGGCAACAGAAAUAUGCCACAACCCCAGAAUAUGCUCCUUGCAGUAUGCAGGACAAUGAUAGUAGUUUUUCCAUUCAUUAUGCUCAAGCUGACCCUGUUCAUGUUGAUGUGAACUUGCCAUUCACUGCAUGCGGGAUAAGAAAUCAGUGUAAUCAGACUGCACAGAUGACGUCAAGCCAACACCAUCCUAAACCUACACUAUAUGAUCCAAACACAACAUACAUAUUGGGGCAUCAUUCUUCUCAAGAAUGAAUCAAGCAAGCUCCUAAACUGACUAAUUUAUAGCAUAUGUAGUCAAAAUGUCACUUGACCAUAAUCAGAUCCUUAGUGGACCGAAUCCAAAGUUCAGGCCUGCACACGUUAAAAAAAUAAAUAAUUGCGCAAAAGGCCAAUUAUUAGCUGUAUCCAAAUGCAUGCAAAUAGUGUUGAGUCAUUACAGCAGAGUUACUAAUAUUUUACUCGAAAAGAGCAGCUUUAACUAUUUUGGGAAUUAAGCGACUGAUUGUGACCACUAGAGUCGGAGGUAAAACACAGAGUUAAUUCGACUAGAGUGUUUAUGAGUAUUGCUAGAGUCAAUGUGAUGCCAUCCACAGAUCAGCACCUGCAUAGGCUAUUCGUUCCUGUUGGACAGUUCUGUUUUUCUAUUUUGAUUUCUUAUCCAUAUAGGAUAAACCUGAAAUUAUUUAAUGACAUGAAACCACCGGAUAAUGUAAAACAUCGAAUUUAAAUCAUUAUCAAGCAAAAACGUUUCUCACUUAUGUUUUUGUACAAGACUUGACAUUAUGCAAGUCAUGACCCAACUGUGUGCAUUGGAAUAUUACAAACAUAUUUAUUACAAUGUUAUUUAUAUGUUAUUUAUUAAUUUAAUUUAUGGGAAUUGAAUGUAUUUAGUGAUUUCUUAUCAUAGGGCUUAGUGUUUACAGACAGACUCUUAUGCUUCAGGGACAGUUGAACCAAUGUUCCUCAAAAUGUCAUUUCAUUGUGAAAUCCUUUUGGACACCCGUUGAAAUGCAUGUGUAGGCUAUGCUGACGAAUCAUUUCUGUAUAUUGUUGAAUAAAUGCAUUUGUUGAUCAG